AUGUCUCCUAGAGAGGAGCUUGCAUAUGUGACCUGUACUUACCGAGAAACAUGCACCAACCAACCUGACUUCUUGGCCACUGUUGAUCUCAACCCCAGAUCUCCGUAUUACUGCCAGGUGAUCCACCGCCUGCCCAUGCCAAACCUCAAAGACGAGCUGCAUUCCUCAGGGUGGGGCGCCGGCUGCGUCUGCUUUGACAAUAUCACAACAAAAAGGAACAAGCUGAUUCUCCCCUGUUUGAUUUCUUCCCGUAUUUACGUGGUGGAUGUGGGUUCACAGUGCCGGGCUCCCAAGCUCUGUAAGAUGAUUGAGCCAGUGGAUGUCUUCUGGAAGUGCAACAAGGGAUACCUUAGUAUAGUUCAUAGCCUGCCUAAUGGUGAUAUACUGAUUGCCAACAUGGGAGAUCCAGCUGGCAAUGGAAAAGGAGGAUUUAUUGUGCUGGAUGGAGAGACCUUUGAGUUGAAAGGUAACUGGGAAAACGAGUGCGAGGCCCCCCCAACUGGCUAUGACUUCUGGUACCAGCCCCGCCACAACGUUCUCAUCAGCUCUGCUGGACUGGUUCCAAAACGUGCGGGGCGUGGAUUUAAUCCUGAUGAUUUGAAGAAAGGGGUCUUUGGGCGCCGCCUGAACGUGUGGAACUUGUCCUGCCGCACCCUGACCCAGUGCUUUGACCUGGGGGAGGACUCGUUGCCCUUGAGCGUUAAGUUCCUCCACAACCCCGAUGCUGCUGAGGGCUAUGUCAGCUGUGCCCUGAGUGGCAUCAUCUACCGCUUCUACAAGGCUUGUUGUGAGGCAAAUACCUGGUCAGUAGAGGAGGCGAUUCAGAUACCAGCCAAGGAGGUGUCGGGAUGGAUUCUCUGCAAGAUGCCAGCCUUCACAGCCGACAUGGUCAUCUCCUUGGAUGACAAAUACCUGUAUCUCAGCAACUGGCUGCACGGAGACAUCCGCCAGUAUGACAUCUCCAAAACCUGCAAGCCCAGGCUGGUGGGACAGGUGUUUGUAGGAGGCAGCAUCCUCAGAGGAGGGCCCGUGACUGUGUGUAGAGAUGAAGAGCUGAAGUGCCAGCCGGAGCCCUUGGUGAUCAAGUGCAAGAGGGUGUACGGUGGCCCUUGUAAGAUGCAGCUCAGCUUGGAUGGCAAGAGGCUGUACGUCACCAACUCCUUCUACAGCACGUGGGACAAGCAGUUCUACCCGAACGUGGUCAGGGAAGGCUCUGUCAUGCUGCAGAUUGAUGUGGACACUGAGAAAGGAGGCCUGACGGUGAACAAGAACUUCCUGGUGGAUUUCGGAAAGGAACCCAAUGGGCCUUGCCUUGCCCGUUCUAUCCGCUUCCCUUGUGGAGAUUCCACCUCCGACAUCUUGGCCUAGACGCCAUCGCCUAGCCUCCCUUCUCGCUGAUCUGAGUUGCUGUUCUUCAUCCAGGUGAUUCCUGGACAGUUUUUCUUUGGUGCAAGAGCAUUUGAGGCUUGCUUGUGGCAUGCUUGGGUCAGUAUUGUAUUACAGCCAAAGGAGUGAGUAGUGCUUUAAUCUGAAAAGAGGUGCCUGUUUCCUGA